AUGGCGCAUAAAAGCAAGUACUACAAGGAGCUGAACGAUGGAGUUCUGGAUCUGUCGAUGCAAAAUUUAAAGACGUUCCCUCUUGCCGACCUUCUCCCUCUCGCGGACCGAAUUAAGCGCCUGGAUCUCUCGCGAAAUAAUCUCAUUGACCUGCCUCCUGAAAUUGCCACUUUCAAAAACCUCACGGAGCUGGAUCUUUCUGGUAAUGCCCUGUCAAUACUGCCGAAUGAGAUCUCAAAAUGCUCGAAAAUCAGCAAGCUGAUCUUGGAAGGAAAUGCUUUGACAAACCUGCCGGAAGAUUUCGUUGAACUAAAGAGGCUCUUUCAUUUGGAUCUACGAGGCAAUCCUCUAUCGCCGCAUCUUCAAAAUGCCGCUGGAGACUGCCAAAGUAAAAGAGAAUGCGAAGUCGCUGCGGGAAGAGUCAUGAAAUUCCAAGCUGUUUAUCAACAAAAAUGUCAAAAAACACGAAAAGAAGCAGAAGCGAAGAAAAGAAAGGAACAAAACAGGGCCAAACGAGCGGCUAAGGAGGCGAAGCUUGCUGAAAAGGAAAAGCGAAGAAAGGCUUGGGAACAAGAACAGCUCAGAAAAAAGCUCGAAUCCGAUAUUUUCGGAAGUAACGAAGGAGAGUUGAAAGAUGGAGAGGAAAAUACAGAGGAAGAAGAAGAAGCGUCAAUUGAAAUGGAUAUUGAAGAAAACAAGAGCUCUACUUAUUCGAUGAAGAUGUUUAUUUUCGCGAUUUUGGCCGCUAUCUUGGCAGUCUAUUUCGAACUUGUGCAGAUAAAAUAUUAG